UGAUUUCAUGUGUAAAGACAAACAAUUGAAUUGUCUUGAAUAAAUAAAUGCGUCUGAAUGAAAACAGCAAAUGUAGACGUAUAGAAAUGUGUGUGAGUUUAGUGAGACUACAAGUCACGUUAUGCCACAGGUGCAUCACUGCAGAUGUCUCAAGAGGAUGGAGAGACAAAAAGAGAAGUAAAGUAUUCAUCGCACCAAGCAGGAGGAAGGCGAAGUGUACCCUGGAUUUCACACAGUUUUUAGAUUUUAUAAGUGCUGUGAAGUGAGUCUUUUCAGCAUGUGGAUUUUUCUAGUUUUUCAUUCCCACAUCUUCACAGUGGUGUCUAUGAAUGCUCUUACUGCUCCAGUGGGAGGAAACGUCACAUUUCAUUGUUCACAUUUAAUGGCCCGUGGGAACAUCAAAUAUUUCUGCAGAGACUCUUGUGCGGUCGAGAAUAUUCUCAUUAAAACUAAUGCCGGAGCGAACCCGACUCGCAGAGGCAGAUACACCAUACAUGACAAAGGAUCAGACUUCACCGUCACCAUCACUGACCUGCGGCUGUCAGACUCUGCCACUUACAUCUGCGCAGUCGAGAGACUUUUAAUAGACACUUACACGUAUGGGACUCGGCUACAUGUGUUUCAGGAGAAUAAGGGAACAUCAAUGACAAAGCGGUCGACUGCAGACUCUUCACCAGAAACCAUGCACAGAUCAGCACUCUCCGUUGUUGUUGGUGCUCCAGUUACAGUCACAGGAUACAGAGGAGAGAGAGCUGACAUCAGAUGCCCUUAUGAAUCUGGAUAUGAAUCAAAUUCAAAGUAUUUGUGUAAAGGCGAGUGUAGAGACAGAAACAUCAUAGUUAAAUCAGGAUCUCCAGCUGAAGACCAGAGAUUCUCUCUGAGAGACGACACGACGGCCAGAGUUUUCACCGUCACCAUCACUGACCUGAGAUCAGCAGAUGAGGGACGAUACUGGUGUGGAGUGGAGAGGAGUGUAAUUAAAGAUGUCUAUUCAGAGAUUAUGUUGCUGGUUAAACAGGGUAAGUGAUUCAUGUGACUUAGGCUGUCACAAUAUUCGAUUUUUCAUAUCACGGUUAUUGUUGUCAUAAUAAUCCACAAUAUCGAUAUAUUGUGAUAUCUAUAGAAACCUUG